AUGAAUGAGUUUCUGUACGACUCAACAUCCGCUUUGAAGAAUGAACGAGGAAGGCAAUGGGAGUGUGAUGAGGAUGGUGUUAUCAUUGAAGAGGACACCUUCGAAUAUUUCGAAACAAAGGUCAUUUCUGUAAUGAAAAGGAUAGAAUUUAAUCAAGAUUUGUCGAUGAAAGAAACCCAAGAUGUUCAGGUAUUGCUUGACAGCAAUAUUAUUAGUAAUCUUGCUUUUCUCGACAGUAGCAAUGAAUUAUUGGAAAGUCCUACAAAUCAAUCUAACCUUUUAAAUAAACAUUCUUCUGGAAAUCAGUUUAGCAAGAGAAAUGAACUGGACUCUGAAAUUCAAGAAUCACAACUUGUUCAAUUUAAUCUUAAAGAAGAAAUUGAAAGCAUUCCAGGGGGAAUAGAGAUAAUUGAAGAGUACAAUAAAAGCAAAGAUUUUGAUACAAGAAGUCGUCGACAAUUAGUUAACAUUACUGUUCAAAUUAUGUUGUCAAAAUGUGGACAAACAAUUCCGAAAAGUAUAAAAAUGCAAUAUGCAAAUGAACUGGUAAAACUUUUUCCCACAUUAAAAGACAAGUAUUCUGAAUACGGUUAUGAAGCAUUUUUUAAUCCAAAAACAGGAUUGGGAUUCUUUACUUAUCGUAUAAAAACCGUUAAUAGAAAUACAGAUGGCAAAAAAGGCAAACCAAAAACUGUUAUGGCGGCAAUCGAGAUUAAUGAAAAUAUUCCAUUAUUUGUCUCUGAAGAAGAAUUGCAGGAAAAUUUGAAUUUUAUUCAAACAGCUGAUCCAAAAACGCGAAAAGAAGAAAUUGUAAAAGCAAUGAAAGUAACUUUCUCUAUGCGAAGAAAUAAUUCGAUCGAAAUUUUGAAUAAAUUUCCGCGCUUCUUGGAUACACCUGGCUUAAUAAACCUUGAUUUUUCAUUAAUGCACCCAAAUUUGCAAAUGAAGAAUUUCCCUUCUACGCAAAUAUUAGAGAUUUUUGGUAAAAGUACAAGUUCACAAGAAGCUAAAAAGAAAAAAACUGAUGCAGAUAUUUCAGAUUGGAGUGAGGAUAUUCAAGCUGUUUUAACUUUACUAAAACAAUUACCUCCAUCCAGUAGAGGACGAAAAAAAGAUAUUUCUGGACCCGUUGCUGAUAAUCCACACAAAUUAAUUACCUUCUCUAAGGCAUGUUUCGGAUGUUUAUCUCCAUAUUAAGAAUUUAUUUGAAGGAAAAACAAAUUAUUGAUUUGUGAGUUAUAAUUAUUGUUAUGUUUUUCAGA